GAUGAAGGAUGGAGAUGCGCCCAGAGGCUUUGUCGGCGGAGGUCGCCCGGGUGACCUUCCGGCCCGCGAUCGAGCCUGUCGAAGGCCGACACCCGGGUCUCUUCACCUCCUAAGCGCUUGAAGGCCGACACUCGGCACUCGCUGGACUCAUCAUCCUCUCCUUCGGGAACGUCCUCCACUAUCACCUCCUCGAACACCGGGCCUUUUCCGGGCCUCCUUCUACUCCUCCGGGUCUUCUUCCCCUUGUGGCAGCGUGUUCGGUAUGGGGACCGGGCGGAGCUUUGCCAACUCCGGCGCCGGGCACGUUCCCACCCAUGGCGGAAAGUUCUGCAACGGCUGCCUGGAGCUGCUCCGCGGUCACCCCAAAGCCGAACAGCGCCUGGACCCCGUCCGGAGUCGAGCUGAUACCUCCCGUGCCGUUGCCGCUGCCCGGCGCGUUCUCCUCGCCAACUACCUAGCUGGUGGUGGGGACGUUGCUCCUUGUUUGCACCAUUCUCGCGUUCAGGAGUUAACCUACGAAUACGUCUCCAAUAAGGAUGUUGCAGAAUCUCUGCAGCGGGCUAAUUUUGGGAAAUUUAAGGGGGAGGAGAAUCCUAUCUACCCAGUUUGGGCUACAUUUUCCAGAGUCCCUAUUCAUCUUCAAGAUGCAAGAGCUCUUUUCUCUAUUGCAAGCAUCAUUGGGAAGCCCCUGCAGGUAGAUGAGAGAACUCUCAAGGCAGAAUAUCUUAACACAGCAAGAGUGUUGGUUGAGGUGGACCUGUCCAGACCACUUCAAGAGGAGGUGAAGAUCAGAAUAGGGGAGAACAUCCAUUCUUUACCUGUUGAUUUUGAGGUGAGGCCUAAAUUCUGUCUCCAUUGUCGUAAGCUGGGGCAUGAUUGUUCUCACCGGAAUCAGAGUGAGCAUCACUCCGGAAUAUUCCCUACACAAGGAGAUACUACGAGUAAGGGCAAGAAGGUCUGUACAGAAAAUGCAGAGGGAUGGACUUUGGUCAGGUCUAAGAAGAAAACAGGUAGCAAUAUGCCAAGAGGGGGGCCAUUUAAACAGCCUUCUAAAGUUUGGCGUCAGGUGGGGGUGAGGCAUCAGGUACCCAGCCAGCUUUCCUCUGGCCCAGGGGAGUGCUCUAAUCACAUGGGGUUGCUCACUUGCCAAGGAAACGACAAAAAGGUAUCCAACUCAUCUCAAAUAACCUCCACCCACACACCAAUCUUGACAAAAGAUCCUGUGUUGGAUAUGGACAUAGAAGUGAACCAAAAGGCCAGACCUGACUUUCUAGCAAUUAUUCCUUGGGAACCCAGUGAAGCUCUUAGUAUGCACAGAGGAAGUGUGGAAUUACAUGAGGAAGAUGAAAGCUCUGAAUCUGAAUUUGACGAAUUGGACAUGACUCAUGAUCUGGUGAUCCACUCUGAUGGGGAAUCACAUAGGGAUGCUAGAUCAAAUAUUGAACCUUUGCCAACCCUAACUCCUAUAUUGAAGAGAGAAGCAAUGAACCUGCCUAGAUCUUCAGUUAAAAAGGUUUCAUUUGACACCUCCCCUGUUGCAUCUAGACUGAGGAUUGGUUUUAAUAAGGGCUUCUCUGCUGUUCAAAAUAAAAUUUGGGUUCUUUGGAAUGAGGAGAAUAUGAGACUAACUGAGGUGCAGGAAGAAGACCAGGCAAUCAGUUGUCGUUUCAUUGACAUAAGCACCAAUAAGGCUAUAACCAUAACUACUGUCUAUGGCCAGCACACUAGGGAAGGAAGGAAAUUACUUUGGGAGACUCUUGCGUUCCAUAUGCCACUAGAUGAAUGUUGGUUGGUGGGUGGUGACUUCAAUGCAAUUGCUUCUCCCUUGGAACAUAAGGGCUCUUCUAGCCCUUGUGCCUCUAGUAUGGCAGACAUGGCUGAUUGCAUUCAAGCUUGUGAGCUUAGUGAACCUCAAGUUAAAGGUAGCUUAUUUACUUGGAUGGGUAAGAGGUCAACUGGGACAGUGCAUAGGAAACUGGACAGAAUCUUGUUAAAUGUCAACUUCCAGAAUCUCUUUGAUGACAUUACCACCACUAUCUUGAGUAGGGCUACCAGUGAUCACAAACCUCUGAUUUUGGAAUGUAAAAGUUCUGUUUUCUUGGGUCCUAAACCCUUUAGAUACCUUAACUUCUGGGGCUAUCACAAGGAUUUCCAAGAUGUCGUCUCAAAAGCUUGGGGUUCUUUUGGUUGGGAAGCAGGAGGGGGCAUGAGAGGAUUGGCUUGCAAACUUCACAACCUCAAGCCCAUUCUUAGAGACUGGAGUUACGUUACGUUUGGUGACAUUUUCAAGAAUUUAGAUGAAGCUGAACAACAGGCAGAGGAAACGGUGAAAAAAUUUGAAAUUGAUAGCAGCGAGGAGAAUAGAAUAGCUAUGAGUUUGGCUAAUGCCAGACUCAUUCUAGCCCGUAAAAAGGAGUCUCAAUUCUGGUUUCAGAAAGCUAAUGUCAAAUGGCUCAAGGAAGGAGAUGCAUCUACCAAAUACUUUCACUCCCUUGUCAAAGGUCGUCAAAAGAAGAACUUAAUUAGCAAGAUCAAGAAGGAGGAUGGAACCUACACUUCUCAUACUGAGGAAAUUGGGAACACAUUUUUGAGUCACUUUCAGAAUCUCUUAGGAAUGGAAUACAACUCCAUUCCGGAGAGCACUUUAGUGAACAUCCCCACCCUUAUCACUGCUGAAGAUAAUUCAUUGUUGGUUGAACUCCCGGAAGAAGAGGAAAUCAGGGAGGCUGUUUGGGCUCUGAAUCCAAAUAGCAGUGCAGGUCCCGAUGGAUACAAUGGGCAAUUCUUCAGGCAAGCAUGGCAUAUCAUUCGGGUGGAUGUUAUUAAGGCUUGCCAAGAGUUUUUUCUUGGAUUUCCUGUCCCAAAAGCUUUUGGAAGUACUCAGAUAAUUCUCAUUCCCAAGAAAGAGGGUGCGGCUGCCAUUGGCAACUAUAGACCCAUUUCACUAUCUACAUUUAUGAGCAAGAUAAUCACCAAAAUUUUAGCAAAUAGACUCUCACGUCUUCUUCCCAAAAUUAUCUCCUCUGAACAAGCUGGAUUUCAAAAGGGAAAAGGUGUGGAGGAACAGAUACUCCUUACUAAUGAGCUUGUUCAUAGCAUUGAGAACAACAGUAGGGGAGGAAAUGUUAUUGUCAAGCUGGAUAUGGAAAAGGCUUUUGAUAAAUUGUCUUGGAAUUAUCUUUGGGCUGUUCUGGGGAGAUUUGGUUUUGAUAUCUCGGCAGUGAAUCUUCUAAUGAGCAAUUUGGAAGGUACCUUCAUGAGUGUUAAGGUCAAUGGCUUCUCCAAGGGCUUUUUUCAAAUGAAGAGGGGAGUGAAACAAGGCGACCCUCUCUCUCCUUUGCUCUUCAUAAUAGCCACAGAAGGAUUCUCUAGAAGCAUCAAGGCAACUAUUGACUCCAAAUUUCUUAUGCCCUUCAAAGUUGGUAAGACUCCUGUGGUUUCACAUUUGAGUUUUGCGGAUGAUCUUAUAUUAUUUGUCAAUGGGGAUGUCCGUAAUCUUCUUAGAUUACGAAAGCUUAUUGAGAAGUAUGCUUACGACUCAGGGGAGACUAUCAAUAAAGGCAAAUGCAGGUUUUAUUGUAGCAAAUCAGUGGUUCUUAAUAAAGUCUUGAGAAUGGAGGCUGCCCUAGGGAUAUCAAAAGGUACACUUCCUUUUAAAUAUCUUGGUAGUCACAUUGGCAAAGGAAAGUUGAAGAAAUGUGAUUGUGAACCAUUACUGACCCACAUUACUGGCUACAUUGAUAGUUGGUAUAAUAAAUUACUAAACCCCAUGGGACGACUUCUCUUAAUCAAACAUGUUUUGUCAUGUAUUCCUAUGCACAUUAUGGCUGUUCAAGAUGUUCCCUUAAGCAUACUACGACACAUUCAAAAUCUGAUGGCAAAUUUCUUUUGGGGUAACAAGAACGGAAAGAACAAAUACCACUGGGUGAAAUGGGAGGAACUAUGUAAGGACAGGAAGAGUGGAGGUUUAGGGCUGCGAUCGAUGGAAAAUAUUCAAAAGGCCUUUUCCCUGAAGCUUUUGUGGAAAUACAUGAGGGGUGGUUCUCUUUGGGCCACCUUCAUGUAUAAAAGGUAUAAUCGGCAGGGAGAUUUCACAGCUAAGGCCAUUGACUCUCCUAUCUAGAAGCGGAUUUGCAGAAUUCACUCAAUUGCCCUUGAAAAUACCUUUUGUAAUGAUGGCCUGUUUUUUUAGGAAGAUGGAAAAUUUACCUUCAAGAAGGCAUUCAAGGCAGUGAAAGCGGAGGAACCAGGUUCACUAUCUUUCUCUCUAGCCUGGAAUAAAUUGCAGAUUCCAAA